AUAUACAGUCCCUGAUGUGAUUUCUUUGCUGUUGAAGAGAGAUUAAGAGAGCACUUUAGUAACAAGAUAUAAUUUAUUGUGGUAAACACUGCAAAAUAAGUUGUGCUAUUGCAACAGCCAAAAGGAAAUUAUGUACAUAUUUUACACUCAAUUUUUGUGCUCAUGAUGAUUCUUUGAGUACAUUGGAAAGGAAAAGUGAUAAAAGUGUAAUACUUGUGUAGUCUUUAGUUGAUCAUUGAUCUUAAUUUCUCACAUCUUUUUUGACAUGGUCUUGACAGUGAAAAUGCAGUGCUUUGGUUUGAUUAUUGUAAUUUUACAUAUGAACAUAGCUCAAGCUUUGACUGGGGAAUGGGAUGAUAAAAUUGCUGUGUUGUAUCCAUCUCUUCCAAUAGCUGCUCCAUGGUCCAAAAAUGAACAUUGCAGGAAUCACAGCCGUAUUUUGUUGCAGGCAUUAAAUAAUUUUACCUUGUGGGCUGUUCAGAUGCUGGAUGCUUCUGCAAGGCAGCCAGGAGGAGUUCUGUUUGGCAAUAUAUACCAAUUGGGAAACUUCAAUGAGUGUUUGGAUGUGGAUGGUCCAAUCCAGAGUCAGUACUGCCUGACCAAAGUGACUGUGACUGUCUCUCAUACUGGAACAAAUUUUGAUCCAUACAUACAGAAGUAUGAUCCAGAGUCAUCAGUUUGGGACAAGAUAAAGAAUGCUGGUAACCCAAGCAGAGUGUCUCGCAGUAGUGUGUACCAGGCUCUGUGUGUACCAGCAUCAUGUUCACAUAAGGAUAUUGAAAUAGCUAUCUCACAGUACCUACAGAAAUACAAGCACCCAGCUGGAGUGCAUUACACUGCUGCUGUAGCACCAAACCUCUGUCACACUUCCCAGCAGGAGACUUUCUUAUCUGAGGAUUAUAUUUUCAUAUGUAUGAUGGCAUGUGCAGUGAUUCUGGUUAUUGCAGGCACUGCUCUGGACUAUUCCUAUAGUGGCUCAUCACCAGGAACACUGGGUUUGGAUCUACUAUUCUGUUUCUCAAUAAGGCAGAACAUGGCAUAUCUGAAUCAAGAUUUAUCUAAUCGUGUUGACAUUCUAAGGAGUAUGAGGUUUAUGUGUACAUGUAUCGUCGUCUUGUAUCACAGAGCAGCAAACCUUGGGGCCUCACCUCUGUGGAAUCUUGAAUUUCUUGAAAAAGAAUUCCAGACAGUGCGAUUAGCACUUAUGCAUCGUGGGGAAACAGUCAUAGACAACUUCUUUCUCAUCAGUGGCUUCGUUGUGGCAUAUAUUUUGCUGCAAGAGCUCCACAGAAAAAGGUUUAACCCACUGAAUUUCAUUCUGUCCAGGAUCAUGAGGGUUUUACCAGCUCUCCUAGUGAUGAUAUUCUUUUACGCAACAUUGUUCUACAAACUCGGUUCUGGUCCUCGCUGGGAUAUAGUAGUUGGACCUGAAAGAGACUACUGCCAGAAGAACUGGUGGACGAACUUGCUUUUCAUCAACAAUUAUGUGAAUGAUGAGCGCAUGUGUCUGCUGCAGUCCUAUUUCCUGGCUUGCGAUAUGCACUUCUUUAUCAUUGCAAUUCCAGUAGUGAUAUUACUUUCAAAACGGCCAAGUAUUGGGGCAGCAGUGCUGGGUGGAAUAAUACUUGUCUCCAUCAUCAUUCCAUUCCUGGUGACUUAUCUGGAUCAUAAACCAGCACUUGUCAACUUCUAUAUAGAUUUUCUAUUGGCUCCACGAGGAAAUGAUGUUUAUCAAUCUGUCUACAUUAAGUCUCAUACUAGAGCAAGUCCUUACUUUGUUGGAUUAGCACUGGGGUACUUGCUCUAUAAUCAUCUCAAUGGCAAACAGAAAAUUGGAAUGGUGCCUUCUGUAGUGUUGUGUGGGUGCGUUGUCUGUCUUCUGUAUGGAACUAUGAUGUCUGGAAUUGUAUUCUACGAUCCAACAAGACCUUACAAUCCAUUAGAAGCAGGGUUUUUUGCUGGAAUGCAUCGCUUUGUAUGGUCUCUUGGAAUAUCAAUUUUUAUAGUCGUUAUUACCUUAGGGAAACUACCUGUCAUCAGUUCUUUGUUGUCAAGCAAACUGCUGCUGAGUCUGGGAAGUCUUUCAUACUGCAUGUUUCUAAUACAUCCAGUGUUCCUCUAUUGGAGUAAUGGGGGCCUGCAUCAUCCUGAAUAUUUUUCCUACAGCAGAAUAGUGGUAUUGGCAGCUGGAGAUAUUGUGCUGUCCAUCUUUGCAUCUCUGUUUCUGUACCUGACAAUAGAAGCACCGUGUUCUCAUAUGACAAGAAAGAUACUUUCAAAGAAAGUGGCAACAAAACAAGAAUAGAGAAGACUUCGCUAAGUUGCUGAAGUGUUCCAGGAGUGCAGACAGAAAGAUGUUUACACAUUCAUUCUCCUCAUGAGAUGAAGUCUUAACAUUUUCUUUGAUGCCAUACAUUUCUAACACUAAAACUUCGCUAAUGUGGUUCACAUUUCAGCCCAGUCUAUUACAAUCUGCUUUGAAACACACAGCAGUGUGGGCUAUCGUUUUCAUAGACUCAUAUUACAAGUGAAGGAAAUAUGGAAAUUACCAGCUGUAUUUGAGUACAGUCUUUGAAUUUGGGUCAAGUCCUACACGUUAUGUGACACAAUUUAGGAUUCCAAAGGACUAGUGCGUACAGUAUUUAAUGUCUUUCUUAUUGAAACUACAUGUAAUGAUUUCGAGAACUGAAAAAUUUAUCAGCUGAACCAAAACCUGACAGGAAUAAAACAGAGUAAUUUCUUAUUUCUUUUUGUAGUAAGAAAAUGUAGCUAUAAAUCUAAAAUUGGUAAAACUCACACUGGUGACUGCACAAUCUAAGGCAUGUGGUUGCUCAAAUGCUAGGAUCAAACAUUCAGAUCCUGGUUGGAUUAUAGAUAUUUUUCCAUAUUCUUCUUCUUUGAUCUGCAGUGGUAAUGGCUUUUUAUGAUCUGACCACUACCCAUGGAGAUACAGCAUUUAUUUUAAGGAUUUUAGAAACUUCUACAGUAGAGGAAUCCUUAGCCCAAAUUGGACUCCAGUGGCAGAAAAAUAGAUAAGACCUUUAUCUCCUUAAUAUCUUAGUAGCAGAGGACUAUACUUAAUAAAAGAGUGUGCGCACGCGUGUUUAUGAAUGUGUAUGUGCGCUUGUAGUGUAAUAAAGUCACUAUAACAAGUGAUAACCCUGCUGGUAAAUUAUUCAUCUUAAUCUUGAUUUUAUUCAGUGCCUGUUUCUCUUCAUUAUAGAUUUCUUCAUUCUCCCUGUGCCACAGAGGAAAAGUUCUAUGUCUUCACUUUGGCUUGACAUGAUGAAGAUAAGCUUCAUACUUGAACAAUUAAUAAUUUUGGAUUUCACCGUAUACCACUUUUCUGACUGUUAAUGGAAGCAUUUUUAGUUACAAUACUGUGUUCAAUUUCCCCUUUUUUACAGACCAGUUUACUUUGUUACUCCUAUGGUACCUCUGAAUUUACUACAUGGUCAAGUUUUCAUGUAGUAUGUUCUUAUGUUUCAUUGCUGCUUUUGCUCCCAACCAUUUACCUAACACUUUCUGGUUCAGAGGCUGUGAUCCUGACCAAGAUUUGUAUGACUUUCCCCAGUCUCUCCAGACAAAGCUGAGAUAGUAAUUUAAAACAGGCCCAAACCAUGUC